CCGAUCAGCCUGCUUUUACUAUUCACCAAGAAACCAACCAGCAAACACACACUCUACCUCCCCUUCACUCACACAAACAUCAGCCCAAGACAUCAUGGCACUCGGAUCACCUGAGCAACAACAUCCACCCUCCAACUCGCAUCCCAGCACCAUGCGAAGAGCUGAUUCGACUCGCUCAAAUGCUUCAUCCAGGUCAGUCAGGGCCGCUGGUGAUAGCAAACAGCAGGAGGAUCUCAUCAACGCACUCGAGGCAGAGGAAGAACGAUUGGUGAACACCUUGACCCGGAAGCUGGAGAAGCUUCGAGCCGAGAAAGCAGAGUUGGAAAACGUACUCGAAGCCGAAUCGGAAUCCCUAGUCUUGAGACUCCAGCGCCAACUAUCCCUAUUGAUGCAACAACAGCAACAAUCCUCUCAACCAGGUUCCACCUCCGCCGCCACGAACUCAUCUACCGCCCCCAACUCACCCUCGGCUACCAUCGCCCCUAACUUGAAUGCGCUCAUCAAUAACCCUCACCCACUUAAUCCCUCUCCAGCCACAUUGAUCGAAGUCCUCAAGACCGAAAACUCUAAUCUCCGUAACCGAUUGGUCGAUACCGAGCGGGAAUUCAUCAAGACUUCUCGCCAAAAUGAGAUGUACCGCAGUGAACUAAUUGCGCUCAGGCAACGCGCAGGAAUGUCAAUUGAUGACUUAAUUGGUACGGCACCAGCGGGAGAAGAAAGUUAUCCAUCGGCCCGGGCAGCCCGACGAAGAUCGCGAGGAACGAGCACGAGUGCCAAUGGGAUCCCUAUCCCGGGCCUAAUUGGAACCGACAACCCACGGCGCUCGCACCAUGCCCCAUCCUUCUCCUCAAGCAGCGCCCAACUCUCCUUUACCUCCUCAACUCCGAUGACCCCGAACUCGAUCACCGGCGAGUCUGCCAACAUGAUCUCGGCCUCCCUGGCCACCAGUCUCACCACCCCAUCCACCUCUUACCCUGGCCUGCCCGUCCCGCACUCCACCCCGGCUGCCUCCCCCGCAAACGACCGUCAAACUGAGCCUCCUGCAUCUCGUUCUGGAAGCUACAACGAGCCCGUAACCGAACCAUCCAUCCCAGCCGGCUCUCCAUCCACUCACACCUCCUCCUCUAACAUCAGAUCCAACUCGGACUCAGAUGUGAACAAACCUCAACCCAUCAACACCCGCACUUCUUCAUCCUCAUCAUCCUCAUCCUCUGCUCAAUCCGUCCCCGAACAUUGUAACGGUACUCCUAAUCACUCCUCCCAUCCGCCUCAGUCCGCAAGAAUCGCCGAGACCGGCGUGCUCGUCAGACCCGGUAAUCGAAACACUCCGCCCACUAGUCUUAGUCCUCUUAGAGCCUCUGGCGGCGCCCCUGGUGGCCCUGAAAACCGUCAACAAUUUAAUCUCCACCAUCAAACCUAAUCUUCCUUUUUAACUACUCCUACCCCCCUCAUGUUGAACACUACUUGUUCUUUUUUUCUUCCUCUCCUGUUCUUUUCAUGUAAAAUCGAAGUUUUUCUUUGUUUCCUUUUUCUUUUCUACCUCAAACAAAAUUACUCGAAAUUAUACUGACAUGUAUAUACAUGUGAAUCGAGCUAACAAGAAUUACAUACAUACCUAUCUGUCCUUAUCUCUUUCCUUUUUUCUCCCUCCCUUCAACUUUUUUUUCACCAAUUAUACAGAGAUUUUAUCAAUCCCUUACAAGAUUAUCUUCUUUUUUUUUUCUUCAUGUAUGUCUUUUUUUUUUCUUCUUCCCCUCCAAUGGUUUACAGUUGUUAUACAUGUGUAUGUAAGUUCCCUUUCUUUGCCCCCUCUUUUGGGUCUGCAUCCUCUUUUUUCUUUUUUCUUUUCUUUUCUUUCUACACUUACAUAUAUACUCUAUAACUACAUAGUGAUGCUUUGAAUUUGACACGAAAAAAAAGUAAAGAACAAACCCCUUGAAACGAAAACUAAAAAAACCUUGAAG